AUGGCUGAGGGAAACACAUCUGCAGAGAAAAGCAUUAUUGAAAAUGCUAAAACUCAUGUGAGCUACAUUUUCAAACUCUUGAAGGACCAAGGUCAAGGCGAUUAUUUGGGCGAAGCCAUUUCACAGCUGGAACACUGUUUGCAAGCCGCAUACCUUGCAGAACAGGAGGUGGACGAUGAUGAAAUCAUCAUCGCUACGUUGCUCCACGAUAUUGGGCAAUUUCUUCCUUUGAAUGAGCUGGGUACGUCUGCAGAACGGAUGUUCGAUAGUGACUUGGGUGCCAAUGUUGGUCGUGGCGGUCACGAUACUCUUGGCAAAGACUGGCUGUUGGCUCAUAAUUGGCCUCAAAGGGUUGCUGAUCUCGUUGGCGCCCAUGUUAUUGCCAAGCGGUAA